ACCAGCAGAGGGAGAAUGCCUGCUGGUUUCGCCUCCACAGCCUGGGGAGGAGCCCGAACGUCCUACGCCCGAGUGGGAGGAGCCCGAACGUCCUACGCCCGAGUGGGAGGAGCCCGAACGUCCUACGCCCAAGAGGGGGGAGUCGGUGCGUCCACAGCCCAAGAGGGAGGAGUCGGUGCGUCCACAGCCCAAGAGGGAGGAGUCGGUGCGUCCACAGCCCAAAGAGGGGGGAGUCGGUGCGUCCAUAGCCCAAGAGGUGGAAGUCUGCGCUUCCACAGCCUUAGGACCCAAGCUGCAGUCCCAAGAGCCAGAAGGGGAGGAGUUACAGGCUCAACCCCCUGAAUUUUUCUGGGGGGGAGAAGGGCAGGAUGCUGGUGUUCCCCAGCAGCCUCUAUUUAUGCUGCUGAAGGGAGCACGGCACACGCCAGCCCAGCCGCCACAGCAGAGGGAGCCAGCACCGCCACAGCCUCCCUCUGAGUGGCCAGCAUCCGCCCCAUCGCCUCUGCCUCCACCACCACCAGGAGCAGAGCAGCAGGAGCUGCCUCUGUCUCCACCACCACCAGGAGCAGGGCAGCAGGAGCUGCUUCUGUCUCCACCAUCACCAGGAGCAGAGCAGCAAGAGCUGCCUCUGCCUCCGCCACCUCCACCAGCAGAGGGUGAAUGCCUGCUGGUUCCACAUCCACCGUCGUGGGAGGACUGCUUGCCCCUCCCACCUCCACCAGCAGAGGGUGAAUGCCUGCUGGUUCCGCCUCCACCGUCGUGGGAGGACUGCUUGCCCCUCCCACCUCCACCAGCAGAGGGUGAAUGCCUGCUGGUUCUGCCUCAACCGUCGUGGGAGGACUGCUUGCCCCUCCCACCUCCACCAGCAGAGGAUGAAUACCUGCUGGUUCCGCCUCAGCCGCCGUGGGAGGACUGCUUGCCACUCCCAGCUCCACCAGCAGAGGGACACAGGGUACGAGGGAGAAGUGGAGCUCCCGCUGCCGCCUCCAUGGCCAGGGGCUCCCCUCCCGAGUUCGCCUUCCGAGGGUCCGCUGCGGCUGCCGUCGCCUUCCGAGGGUCCGCUGCUGCUGCCGUCGCCUUCCGAGGGUCCGCUGCUGCUGCCGUCGCCUUCCGAGGGUCCGCUGCUGCUGCCGUCGCCUUCCGAGGGUCCGCUGCUGCUGCCGUCGCCUUCCGAGGGUCCGCUGCUGCUGCCGUCGCCUGGGGUCGCCAGGGAUCCUGCUUCGCCUGGGGUCGUCGAGGGUCCGGCUUUGCCUGGGGUCGCCAGGGAUCCUGCUUCGCCUGGGGUCGCUACACGAUGGCCGGAGCUCCAUGAAAGGGAGCUGCCAGAAAUGAAGAAAGGGGGGGAGGUCAGGAGACCAGCUCCCCCAGCCGCACUUUCGCGGCUGGAGAUCAUGUGGUCGGAGCCCCACGGAGGGGAACUGCCGGCCAUGAAGAAGGGGGGAGAGGUCAGGAGA